GGAAAUGAACAUGAUGCAUAUGGGUGCUCCAAUGAACGGGGGCCCGCCCCCACCUCAAAUGCUCCAAAUGCACCAUCCCCUGCCUCACCACGUGGCAGUUUUCGCCCACGGUUCAUCGUCACAAAACAGUCAGGCGCCGCCCCUUCAGGCCGCUUCGGCUACACCUCCAGUACCGUCGAGCAUGAAUCGAUCACAAAGUAGAGCUUCUUGUCCGCAAUCCACUAGGGAAAUGUCCUCGCAUAGGUCGACGACAUCGCGCAGAUGUGGAGUGUGUCGUGGUUGCCAGUGUAAGCCAUGUGGUCAGUGCACAUAUUGUCAGGAUUCACCACAGUUUGGAGGUCCUGGUGUUAAGAAACAGAGUUGUAUAGAGAGAAGAUGUUUAAGAGUACUUGAGAAUCGAUUGCAGAGAGAUGCUCCAACAUUCAAAGCUCGUGUCGGUUGUAAUGCAUGUGAGGAUUGUCGAAUGCAAGACUGCCAAAUUUGUUUAGUAUGUUUGGAUAAAAGGUUUUUCGAAAACCGACACAUCCCCGGAGCAAUGUGCGCCAAGAAACGUUGCAACAAUGCCCAAAGCAUAGAGUGUGUGCCAUCAUUAAUGUCUCAGAAUCCAGCAGAUUUCGUUCAACGAGCUCCGAAAAGGAGUUAUGAGUUGAUAAAUCCAGUGAUAUCUCAACAACAGCAACAGCAACAAUCCCAAAUGCAUUUUGAUGUGAAACGAGUUCAAUAUAUGACGGGUCCACCACCACAAAUGAUGCAGCAGAUGCAAAUGCAAGCACCACCACAGCAGCAGAUCCCCCAACCACAGACGCCUCAGCAACAGGUUCAACAACAUCAACAGAGACCUAAUUCAAACUCGUCCCAUUCACAAGGACCAUCACCCCCUCGUAAUGGAGUUUCACAGCAACAGCAACAACAGACACCACCUCAACAACAAAAUGGAGUAGCUCAUCAGAUUAAAACAGAUGUAAAUGUAGAAAAUUUGGAACAACAUCAGCAACAACAGCAGCAGCAGCAACAGCAGCUUCAACAGCAACAACAGAGAAUGAUUUUCCAGCCAGCACCGUAUCCAGACCUAAGUGUUCAUGCUCGGUUAAUGGUUCAAGCUCCACCACAAGUAAUCACAGCUCCGGCUCCAAUUCCUCUUCCACAAGGACAAAUGACUCAUAUGCCGCAACAUGGCCUUGACAUCCCAUACCUUAUUCCAACAUCAUUUGUGCAAGCAGUCCAAGGCCAGGCUGAUCCAUUUUAUCCGUCAAAAUUUGAGCUGGACUUUGAGCAUAAUGGUGAUCCAUUUGUACCGCCAAGUUAUGCACAGGAUAUGAAGGGACAAGUUGUGCUCCAGCAGUUAUAGUUUUUAGCUGAAAAAUUUUACGUUUUUUUUUAUUGUCGGAAAUUUAUUAUCUCAUCCUGAUUGUGACACGUCUCGAAUUGUGAUAUCUUUGGCUUUUUUGAAUUUUUUUUUGAAAUGUUGGGAAAGUUUUAAUUUUUGGGUUUUUUUUGCGCAAAAGUAGGGCUUUUUGCAGAUUUUUUUAGAGGUACAUAUAUGUGAAAUUUUGGAAAAAAAAUUCAGAAAAAUUUUCUAUUUAAUUUUUCAAAAAGGUUACAUUUUGGUGGUUUUUUCUAAAAUUUUCAAAAAAUUCAGAAAAAAAUACUUUUUUUUUUAAAAGCUUCCUCAAUUUUUUUGAUCAUUUUAAUGGCUUCAAAAAGCUAAAAAAAUUUUUUGGAAAAUUCUGGAAUGUUCUAGAGCCUUCUGGAAAAUUUUAGAAAAUUCUGGAAUGUUCUAGGACUAUCUGGAAAAUUCGAAAAAAUUCUGGAAUGUUCUAGAACCUUCUGGAAAAUUCGAAAAAAUUCUGGAAUGUUCUAGAGCCUUCUGGAAAAUUUUUAGAAAAUUUUGGAACGUCGUCGGAUAUUCUAUUAUUGAAACUCUGCAAAAAAUAAACGUUGGAGUAGCAAUUUCAGCUCACAAAAAAUUCCCAAAACCCCAAAAAUUUCCCAGCAUUUCCGCAACCAGUUUUCUAAAAACUUCCAGUACAACACAGUGCCUUACAAAACCUUUUAAUUUUCCUAUUUUUUUACUUAUUUAUUGUUCUUCACCCCAUUGAAAAAGUUGCAAUUUAAAAAGAAAAAAAAAGAAGAAGAGGAGGAGGAAUCUAGUUAGGAAGUAUUGAAAACUGAGUCCUUUUCUUCUCCUCUUCUCUUUUUUUCUUUCUCUCAUUUCAACAUUUUCCUUAUUUAUUUGACACAACACUAACAAAAAAGCAUAAAGCCCCCAUAACAAUCUGUGAUUUUUCCCAUUUUUUCCAUUUUUUAAAAUUUUUUUCUUUUUUCUAGGAACCGUUUUUCUCUCCAGCAAACAUACAUUCUGUUCAGGGAUCCGUGUGUAUUGUCUCUCUCUCUUUCUCUCUCUCUCUCUCUCACCAAAAUUCUUCUUUGUGCAAUUUUCCUACAUUUUGUAAUAUUUUUUAAUUCUCAUAAUAGGUUAAGCUUAAACCCCUAGGCAUCCCUAGGCUCCCCCACACUCAUCAAAUCACUCCCAAAAAUUCGUUUCUUUCGCUUUAUUAUCUCUCUUUUUUGUCUCUCAUUUUUUUGUUGUUUUUAUUACUAUGCACAAACAGAUUUUUCAAAAAACAUAUAUAUAUAAUAACUAAUAAUAUUAAUUGAAUUUGACAUAUAAAUAUUGAAAUUU